AUGACUCGGCAGUCCUCCACACCCGUUCCUCCUGCUCCAGCGCCCAUGCCGACGCAGAUGAAAGUGUACCAUCGGAUCAAUGCUCUGCCGGAGGGGCCGUUGCCGCUAUACACUACGCCGCCGGGCCAGCCGACCUACGACUCGAGCUUGCUCGCUCCAGCUCGGUCGCAGGCAAUGUACUCGACAUACCCGUCGAGACUUCGCACAGGUGUGACCUCCAUGGUGCAGCCGGAGAUCAUCACGGGUGGGCCGAGGGAGCGAGAGGCGUUCUUGGCGGAGUACGAGAGGGAGAUGGGCGGCAAGCCGGGCUCGGGAGUCAGUACGCCGCGUUUCGACUCGCCCGCUCCGCGCUCGACAUUCCGGCCUGCUGUCACAGGUCGGCGCGGACGGACCGUCAACUACGUCGAUAAGGGGUCAGACGAGGACUCGGACUCGUCCCUGUCCGAGCUGGGAAGUGAGGAUGAGGAUAGCGGGAAGCGGGCGAGGAAGCGGGAUCAGCCGCUGGAUGUGCAGUCUAUGCAGAGGCUUAGCCGGCUGAAGCGGAAGAAGGACGAGAUGGACAAGGGCUGGACGUGGCUGGGCGAUCGGACACCGGCGGAUAAAGUCAGCUCGAGCUAUGUAAAGGGACCGAAGCAUAGGUACUACUCCGAGGAACAACUGGAACAGGCCAACCAGCCAGAGGUGCUCAUUCCCAUCACGAUUGAUCUGGAUGUUGCCGGUCGGAAUGCGGAGCAGGGAAACAUCAAGAUCAGGGAUAGGUUCUUGUGGAACGUAAAUGAUACCCUCCUCGACCCGCAGGCCUUUGCAGCGACUUUUGUCAGCGACCUCACCAUCCCCUCUGAAAACACUGGAAUCAUCGCCGAACUUAUUCGAACCCAAAUUGAAGAGGCGCAGUCGCUCGUCUCGGUCAAUAUCGCGGACAAGGAGGCGUCUGAGGCGGAGAUUACGUUUCAGGAGGAGGACGAAGAUAAGGAUGAGGGUGUGGCAGAAGAUGAGGCGAUAGACUGGAAGGAGGCGGAUUGUCGGGUCAUCCUGAAUCUCGACCUCCAAAUCUCGACCCAGAUCCUACGGGACCGCAUCGAGUGGGACCUCUCAUCCACCCUCCCUCCAUCUCAAUUCGCAGCCGCCUACGCCCGCGACCUCGGCCUGUCAGGCGAAGCCAUCCCUCUCAUCGCUCAUGCCAUCACCGAGGAAAUCCACCGGCACAAAAAGGACGCUCUGGACUUGCGUCUCUUCCGCGCGACCCACCCCACCGAGCAGGCCAAGUGGGAGAAGUCGCUCGGGGGUGUGCCGAGGGUCAAUAAUAGGACGGGGGCGAAGGAGCUCAAGGGGGUAUGGAGGGACUGGUUUGAGCGGGAAGAGUUUGGGCCGGUAUUGAUGGAUCUGUCGCUGGAGGAGAUGGAGAGGAGGGAGGUGGAGCGGAAUAGGGAGCAGAGGAGGAUCAUGCGCGGGAUGCUGGGGAAGAGGAGGAGGUAG